AUGGCAAACCACUCCCAACUAGGAUUUCAAGAUGCCUCAUCCCCUAUCAUAGAAGAACUUGUUGAAUUCCACGACCACGCUCUAAUAGUAGCACUAGCAAUCUGCAGCUUAGUGCUGUACCUUCUUACACUCAUACUAAUAGAAAAACUCUCAUCAAACACAGUAGAUGCCCAAGAAAUUGAAUUAAUUUGAACCAUCCUCCCAGCUAUUGUCCUAGUCCUACUUGCCCUCCCCUCUCUACAAAUUCUUUAUAUAAUAGACGAAGUCAAUGAACCUGACCUCACCUUAAAAGCCAUUGGUCACCAAUGAUACUGAACCUAUGAAUACACAGACUUCAAAGACCUCUCAUUUGAUUCCUAUAUAACCCCAACAAUAGACCUCCCCCAAGGCCAUUUCCGCUUACUAGAAGUUGACCACCGUAUAGUAGUCCCUAUGGAAUCACCCAUUCGAAUGAUCAUCACCGCUGACGAUGUAUUACACUCAUGAGCUGUACCAACCCUCGGAGUAAAGACAGAUGCAAUCCCAGGACGAUUAAACCAAACAUCCUUUAUUACCACUCGACCAGGAGUGUUCUACGGACAAUGCUCAGAAAUCUGCGGAGCUAACCACAGUUUCAUGCCUAUCGUAGUAGAAUCCACUCCCCUCAAAUACUUCGAAGCCUGAUCCUCCCUCCUAUCAUCUUAA